AGAAACUGGCCCACCACAACAACGUUCGAGCUUUUUUUUCUAACUCAUGAAAUUCAAAAACACUGGAUACGAGUGAGUCCAGAAAGAUGGAGUGUUCAACUUCUUCAACCCAUCGCGACUCAGAAAUCACUCAACAAAUCCACACCAUCGACGCCUUUGCCGCUUCCGUCUCCAAAUCCUUCCAAUCCAUUAAAACCACCGGACAACAAACCGCGAAAACUCAAGUUCAAUUAGAAGAGGUUAAAGACAAAUUGAAGGAAGUGGAAGAUGAAUUGGUUAAAGUACUCGCAGAAAAGACGCGUAAAGAGGCUAAGCGAAUGGCUUUGUUAGAUGCUAUUGCUUCUGCUAAGGCUAGAGUUGGAAAUCUCAACUCAAGUAUUCAAGAGGUUCGAACGAGGAAACAAGAAUAUAUCUCGUUUCUAUCGCAGCAAUCACUCGCUUUGGCAGCAUCUGAAGGGAGGUUGAAUGAAGGCAUUGAACAUACAGACGAAACACAUGAGGCCAUCUCUUGGUAUAACAGGGUACUUGGUUUUCAUGUCAAAGGGGGACGUGGGGUAAAGUUCACGUUCAAGAAUAUAAAUUUGAAGAAUCCAAAUGAGGAGUACUCUUUUACUGUCUUCCAUGAUAAAAAUACUUAUACAUUGUUACGUUGUGAACCUUCCUUCGAUGGUAUUGAAGAGCUGGUCCAUGAAUUAAACAAGACAGAUGGUCUGUUUAAGUUUGUCAGAGUAAUGAGGAAAAAAUUUCAAGAAGCAUUGGUACAAGGGAGCUUAGUUCUAACAACAGUCAAUCCUGGAGAAUCUGCCUUUAUAUCUUCAUCCGCUCCUGGCACAUCUGUUAGAAGUGAUUCUACAACCAUGGAAAAUGAGCAUGAAGUGGAACGCUCUGGCAGUAGUGCACAAUUAAAGAAAAAACAAGUUCGCAGAAGGAAAAGUUUGGCACGUUUAUCUCCUGAUUCUGCUUCAUCUGUUCGCCAGUCUCCACGUUUGAAGAACUCGGCUAAACUGAUGUAUCAUAUGUGACAGACUAGGAGAUAAAAUACAAAGGAUGUUUGCCACCUCAUUUGAUGCUACGUGCUGAGCUCCCGAGGUUCUCUUGCAGGCAUAACUCAUUACUCAGGUUGCUAAGUGUUUGCUAACAAAUUCACACAUUCCAGACAUAUCUAUGUUCUGGUUGCUAAGCUAUUUUUGAAACUAUGAUGUCAAUGUAGUUCUGGUUGUGUGUUAUGUCUUGUUUUAUUUGUAUAGUUCUUUUAAUUUUUCCCAAAAUCAUGUAACCGUCAGUCAUUAGGGUGUUGAUAUAGUUUAUUGACAAUGUAUUUGAAAUGGUUUUCCAUGAUUUUUUAUUAUUUGUUUCCCUCCUCUUGUGUCCAAAAAUUUCACCUUUGGAUGAAUCUUAUGAUAGGGAAAAACUACGGUUUUGUCUGGUUCCACCCAUUUGAAGGAGGAAAACAUGUUUUUAAUAUUGUGCUAAACUGCUAUGUGAAAUCUGAAGAAACAAAAUAAUUAAAGAUGCAAGUUGAUUGAUCUCAA